AUGAUACAAAGGAGAGCUGACGGUUCCGUGAACUUCUACAGGGGGUGGACAGAAUAUAAAAACGGGUUUGGUGACUUGAGUUCCGAAUUCUGGAUCGGACUUGACAUCAUCCAUCUACUAGUAAUGAAUGGCUUUACAGUUCUGCGUGUAGAAUUAGAAGAGGGAAGGGAGUCUGCCUAUGCGGAGUACAGCAGUUUCUUUGUAGCUGGAGAGGAAGACAAUUAUCGAAUCCAUGUUUCUGGGUAUAGAGGAACAGCAGGUGAUGGGAUUUCAUGUGACACUACGUAUUGCAACAAUGAUGCACAGUUUUCAACACAUGAUAAGGAUAAUGACAAUUCAAAUUCACUUAAUAAUGCAAAGAGAUGGAAAGGAGCUUGGUGGUAUAAUCAUGGGCACAGGUCUAACUUAAAUGGAGAGUAUGGUAAUAACGAUCAUGGCGAGGGCAUCAACUGGUAUCCUUUCAAGGGCCAAACAAACUCUCUAACAGGCACUAGGAUGAUGCUUCGUCGACCUUAAUAUAUGCCUGGAAUCAAA